UAAUUUCUUAACUCUUUAUACUCAUAGACAUAUGUAUUCAUUUCAGUGACUCCAAUUUCUUGGCGCCAUUACACGAUUCGAAUCGCUUGGCUUCAUCGAUAUUUCAAGUAUGGAUGUAUUAUUAAUUUGCAACAAAUGCUUCACUCCGAUGUAUAGGGGACAACGGCCUUUCAAUAUUACACAAUGUAGUCACGUGUUUUGUAUGAACUGCAUAAAGCAAGUUGAAAAGCAGUACUGUUUUCAAUGUAAAUGUAACAAUCCUGCGUAUAUGCCGUUAGAAGAUGAGCUACUGAUGCCUAAGAACAUCUCGCUUUUCACACCUUUUACCGAGAUUUUGGAAAUACUAUUAAACAUGGAGAUAACGAAUAAUCAGAUAAAGAUAACAAUGCUGCGCUUUCUCUCACUUGACAGCAAGUAUAACAUGUUGAAAGAGCAUUAUCUUAUCGGGCGACGCAAUAUGAAAACAUUGCUGAAGAAAUAUACGAUUGCAAAGACUGAGAAGGGGAAGCUCCACGAGCAGCAGAAGCAGCUGAUGCAAAUGCAAAGUACUUCCCAAUCUGCGCUGAUGAGCUCCGGUCCUACGCAUUCAUUAAAUAAUUCACGAUAUUCCUCGGAAUCGUUGCGUCGUCUGAAAUUCUCCAACUUGAAUUUAUCUAAUAUGACAAUAAAUAAUAAUAAGCCUAUACGAUUCGCCGAUUAUCAAAAGAAACAGCGUAAAGUCGACGAUACUAGAUCUUCAAAAUCGAUCAAGUUCUUUUUUACACCAAGUACUCAUUCGAAUCAUAAUAUUUAAUGAAUU